UUAACCAAAGAAAUAACAUACAUCAACUAGCCAAACAAUUUCAAGUUUGUCAACCGCUUUCAUGCCAUGAUCUAGAUCCUGAUCAAUUUGGUCAUGAAGUGCCAUCAGAUUCUGACGGGUGCGGCCAACAAAGGAGACCGCACCUUUGACGUGGGCUCAGUUGAAGGCACCGCAUUCACGGCGUAUGCGUCGGGCUGCAAUAUCGUGAUCUUGGCUCCGGAUUUCCAACGGGUGCAAAUCCUGCCCGGGAUUUGUCAUGACAAUGUGCAAAUCGCGUCGGUGGCGUGUUCGCAAGAUUCCGGCAAGAUCGCCGCCUCCUACAACAACACCAUCAUCAUUUUUGAGCCCUCACCCUUAGAGGAGAAAAACACCAACCAUGGCUUGGACUUUUGGUGGGUGGAAACGGAUCGGAUCGAGUCCGAAUGGAACAUAACCACCUUGUGUUGGAACAACGAUGGAAAUCGUUUGCUGACCGCCGGCGAAUACAUUCAACUAUGGCAUCACGACCAGUCCGACGACUCCGGACCAGUCCAAUUCAACAUUGCCAACGAAACAACAGACCACGACUCUUCUGCGUCAUCUUGGCGGUGUUUGUGGCGCACUCGACCCGCCAAUCCCGUGUUUCAUCUCGUUUAUUCGCCUGAUGGCACACUUUUCGCCACUGCUAGUAAACACGACCGAUUGGUCCGCGUUUGGUACCAAAACCAACAACUUCUAUUCCCCAGUGAGCAAACCUCCGAGAGUGUCCGGUCGGCUGCUUGUUCCAAUUCCAUUUCAUUCAGUUAUGUCUAUUUGGCCCAUCCCCGGAGUAUUACGGGGAUCUCGUGGCGGAAGACCUCGAAAUACAUGCCCAGGGGAUCUGUGGCGAAUAUGUUGGUAACUUCGUGCUUAGACAACAUUUGUCGAAUGUGGUGUGAAACCGUGCUACCCGAAGAUGGAAUUGUGUGCAUGUCCCAAUUAGAUCCUGCUGCAGCGAGUGACUCCAAAUUCCGCACCCAUCGUCAAAAAGCCCGUUUCAUCCAACGCUUUCGACACAUGAGACAAAGUUUCGCUGCUCGGAAGCUAACCAAGAAUAUGAAGACAAGCAAUGGCGAGAUUCAUCCGGACCCGGUGUCUUCACUCCCUUCAACAUACAGUGUACACGAGUUCCACAACUACGGCUUUCAAGGCACGGGUGUCUCGCCCACGUUGCAUUUUCACUUGGCCGCUUCCAUCAAUGCUCGCACAGACAUUCCUUUGGUUCCGACUCUGAAUUCCAGCCACCCUCAUGAAGGUGGAAACCAAUUGUUCGUGGUUCAUUGGUUGGAUAAUAAGGAGAUGCAAUUCACCCAAGAUGCCGAGCGAAUCAUGGACGAUCUGUUUCGAUUAGCCAAGGGACGGCAAGAUUUGGAAUUCGAGCUCAGCCGAGGACGAAUGAAUGAGCACCACGAGGAUGGGGGAAGUGAAGGUCCGCCUCGACCCCCACCGCCCAAAAAACCGCCGCACCCUUCUUCUCGAGUGGCUGAUGCCACUUCGAACUCCUCUAUCGCCCAAUCUGAUGAGUCUAACAAUAUGGGUCAACCCAAUUUGAACCUGAGCGACAUGUUAGAUCAUCGAAUCGAUCAGGUGCUCAAAGAUUGGCACCAGAGCUCGGACCUUUUGUUCGCCGUCCACCCCGUAGAUGGAUCUUUUCUGGUGUGGGUGGCGGACUUCUUGGACGAAUAUCAACCCGGAUCGUUCCGACAGGCUCAGGUCUCGUUUUCGUCCCGAAUUCCCAAUGCACUUCCCUUGGGCGAUGCUAUCACAAUGGGCACUCACGUGGAACUAUUCAACGGAAACAAUGUCUUGGACCUCAAGGGCAUCUUUGGCGAGGAGAUUUUGAAUGCUGCCAAUGGGGUUCACCAAGGAGACGUUGCCAAUCCUAAAAAGGAAGAACAAGAAGAAGAAGAAGAAAUAGAAAAAGAUGAGGGAAAAGACACCACAGAAGAUCAAAGAAGCUCUCCGACUCUUAAUCCGACCCCCAAGAGUCCGUCAUCCUUUCAUAAAUACAAGCCACCCCCCAUCGUCUCCAUGAUCUCGAAGCACAGCAAUGGUACGCUGAACCUGUGGAACAUGAUGUUUGCCGAGAAGUCCAAGUUCGCACAAUUGCUCAAUGUGGGCCACAAUUCUCGAGCCUCGGGCCAUAGAUUCCGAGUUAAUGGGAUCACUUGUCACCCGGUCCUACCUCUACUCCUCACCACUUCGCAUCACAAUCUGAUUCACGAAUCCGACGGUCCCAUAUCAGCUCAUGAAGAGGUGUUCUGUAGUGAGCUCAUUCUGUGGCGUGUGGAUCCAGUGGGGCCACUCUCAAAAUCGGGUGGGAUCACCGAACUGGCACGGAUUAACUCGAAAGAGAUUUCUGCCUUCGCUGAUGCGGCCUGGAUACCCACACUUUUACCGAGCACCUCGUUGGGAUCGAUUUCUAAUUCACCGUCGGCCUGUUUCGUGGCCUCGGAUGGCGAAUGUUUGCGAGUUUAUCAAGCAGUGAUUGAUGCUCGGACACUUUUGGCCGAGAUCACGUCCUCGUCCCGAAAGUCCAAUCGCAUGGAAAGCUCCAUGAUGUCCAUGUCGAGUGGACAUUCAACGAAUGUGGGUGCUCAACAUGGAGACGCGGAGAAGAUUCACGAGAAAUUUCGCAUCGUUUCCACCCAAUCGUCGGCCAAGCCCGGAGCCAUCCUAGAACUGGAAGCCAUAGCAGAAGCCACGCAGGACUGGCAAAGCACGGUGAUGCUCCAUGCUUUCCAAGAGCAAUUGAUUCUAGCUCAAGGCACCAUUCCGAGUAGUAGAGAUGCUGCCGUUAAUCUCGGCCUCAUCACGUCCAAGAUGUCAGCUGUAGUGGACUUGGACCAUCAAGGAUCGGCUUUUCACGAGCCCUUUUAUGUUCUCGUGGCAGAAAAGACUGCCAAAGGGGUUGUGGUUCACAUGUGGAAAUUGGUGAUUGCCUCCGAGCCCGAUUGUCAUGACGGCGCCGAAUCUUCGAGCAGUAUUACUCCUGAUGGAACAGCUCCCCCCAUUUCCCAACGGCAGCAUUCUGGGGGUCACGCCACUGAAGUUCACGUGUCCACUAAAAAAGUUUGCGUUCAAACCUUACCCCUUCCUCCGGGCGUGGACAUCAUUGACGCCGUUCCCGCCGUUGGACAUCUCUCGUCCUCGUCCAUCUAUCCCGCAUGUCUGGCUCCCUACGUCAUGGUCACAGCCUGCACAGACCGAAAGAUACGAUUCUGGAGAGUGAAGCUCACGGGCUUGAAUCCUGAGAAUCCGGAAGCGAUCGAGUGGGAGGAAUGGCAAAUGGAAUCCGAGGACGGCAAAUCCGACAUUGAGGUUCCCGGCACUUUGGUGAGCGUGAGUGCCGCUUACAGCGGACGCAUUGCGUGUGCCUAUCAUACUGGACACAGCUUUCAACGUCCGAGUGUGGACCCGACCAUGCGGUAUGUCAAUCUGUGCGUGAGGAUCUACGAGUGCGAGUCGACCGGAGGCUCGGAGUGGAUUGUGGAGGACACGAUCAGCCUCAAGAAUAUCGAGAUCCAGCCCGAGAUCCCGGCCAUGGAUAUGAGCGUGUUCAGCUCCACUCGGCAGAGCAAUCUAGACAAGAUCACCCAACACUUCCAGGAUGAUCAAGAUGGCGAGGAAAUGAAGAAGAACCUUCAAGGAUUGGUAUCCGUGCCCAGUAUGGCAACUUUCGAAGGGAUCAAGCGCUACAUAAGCAACAAAGGCAAUUCCCCUUCGCCAGUUUCGCCCAAGCAAAGUGUCAUGUUGGAUUGGGUCUCCAAUGAAGAUGGUUCACACAUCCUGACCGUGGCAGUAGGCAACAAGAUCCUUUUGCUCACCACCGUCUCCAGUGAUCUGGCGUUGGCCACUCAAAAGUCCAACUUGGACGCACGCGGAGGAUCCGGUCGACCUCUAUUAAGCCGAUCUUCUUCUAUGGGUUUUCAACAAUACCCCGAUGAAAUCAGAUGGAUGCAGAUUCGUCGAGUGGCCUUGAAGACGGCCGAUGGCCUCAAUCCCACCCCGAUGGCCAUGUCAUGGGUUAGAGAUGGGAUAUUGAUGUGUGCCAUGGACAACGAGAUCUCUGUGUUCUCACAAUGGAGAGCCGAUCCCAUGCAAAAUAACAUUGUCACCGAUGCCUUCGAAAAGGAUAUUGUGGAUCAUCGAAACCUUCAAGAGACGGAUCUGCUUAAUUUGGCUCAAGAAUCCCAAUUGAACCACGGCUCAUUCUCAAAUUUGACUGCAUUACCCGCGUUGAAGCAUUUCGCAGAUUCCGACAAGAGAAAGAAAGGUGUCUACCCAACAGAUCCAUCAUCGAGUCACGAAUUGGAUUUGAUGCCUGAUUUUGGCCUUUUCGAAGCGGCCCACAUUGCUUGUCCUGUUCUGCCUCAAUAUCAUCCCAAGCAAUUAAUGGAGCUCCUGAACUCGGGCAAGAUCCGAUGGGUCAAGGCCAUUCUCGGCCAUCUCGUUCGUUGCAUUGGAGGAUCUGAACGAGGUCGUAAAAGGUCCGGAUCCUUCAACGACGACUCGUCUUGUCGCUCACCAAGAUCAUGGUCCAAAUCCAGGACUUUGUCUGUGAGCUAUGGCAGCGGUGGAGGCCCUGGAGGUGCUGGGGGAGCUCUUAGCCCGGGAGGUGAAAACCCGAGGUCGUCCUUGAGUGCCAUGCCCGAAGAAGUGACCCUGGAUUACACGGAGAUCAACUCGAUCCCACCUUUACCAUUGUGGACAUUAUUGGCUGCCGACCAAGAACGAUCCGCUUCUAAUAGCAAAAAAGGAGGAGAGCAUUACGACAGCUUGUUUGAUGGUGGAAAUGAAGAAGAAGACACGUUAGAGGAUCUCUUGGAAGAUGAUUUUGAUGGUGGGAGAAGGAAGAAUAAACGGAAGACUGCCGGGGAAAAGCAAGGCCUCUCCUACUUUGGUCCAAGACAGGCGCGUAUUCUGUCCAAUUUACUCACACACGCCCAUCUUCCGGGAUUAACCAGUCUGGAUCAAAUGCAUUUGCUCGCACUAGCCGAUACGGUCUCCUCGAUCCAGCUAGAUUUAGCCGAUCGAUUUGCCAUUGAAACGGCUAAGAUGCAACUGGCCAAAGAAACGGCCUCGGCCUCUGAUGGCCCUUCACCGGAGUCCUUGGACGACUGUGGUUUGCGCUUCUUGCUGUCCAUGAAGCAUUACUCCUAUCUCCAACGUUGUCUUCCGCUGAAGCAACGGAAUCAAAUGAUCAAACAAGGCCUAGGUAGUUCAUAUUUUGUCUGGGGAUUCCAUUCGGAAAGUGACGAUGAGCUUCUCAACAUGAUUCCAAAUGUGGCCAAGUCAACUCCUAAUUGGCAAGAACUGCGUGAACUGGGAACCGGGUGGUGGUUGCGGAAUAACGCCACUUUACGUAAGCUCAUGGAGAAAGUAGCUAAAACCGCAUUUCAAGCCAAGCAAGAUCCGCUGGAUGCGGCCAUCUUCUAUUUGGCCAUGAAGAAGAAGAGUCUUGUAUGGGGCCUUUUCCGAUCUAUCAAAGAUGAGAAGAUGACUCAGUUCUUCGCCAACAACUUCACCGAAGACCGUUGGCGAAAAGCCGCUCUCAAGAAUGCCUUUGCUCUUCUGGGCAAACAACGAUUCAUGCACGCAGCUGCAUUCUUCUUGCUCAGUGGAUCCUUGAAAGAUGCAUUGGAUAUUUGCAUUGACAAGUUGGAUGACCUUCAAUUGGCCAUGGUUAUUGCCAGACUAUAUGAUGGCGAGACGAACAACACCCCCGAGAGUCUGAUUCAGCUAUUGAACAAGCAUGUCUUGGGCCGAGAUCCCAAUGGAGAAAACGAAGACAAAGAUAAAGUCCAUCCGGACCCAUUUCUCCGUUCAAUCGCCCAUUGGAUUCAGUUGGAUUACUCGCAAAGCUUGGCCACACUCGUUGAAUUGGAUGUGGGGACAAUGCAUGUCAAGUUUGUUGAGGAAGAAAACGACUCGAUUCCCGGACUAAAACGCAAGCAAGAUGCUGAUCCGAGUGUGUUCAACUUCUACAUCUAUCUCCGGACUCAUCCGUUGAUCGCUCGUCACCAAAUAGCCAAGAGAAAAGACAAGGACUCCUCUGCCAUUCAACUCUCUGGCUUCAGAAAUAACAGUAAUGACAAGGAAUCGACUUUUUCUGAGGACUCGAUAACGCCUUUAGAGCGUAGACUCUACUUCUCCACCGCUCAUUUCCAUUUGCGUGCCGGAUGUCCAGCAUUGGCUUUGGAGGUCCUCUCCAAACUCCCAGGCAAAGUGGUGGAGGCUAAAUCGGGCACAGCUACGCCCAAAACAAGGAAAACCACCUUGGCCGAUACCAAAUUAGCCACGGGAACGUUUGAUCAUGGCGAUGGUUUGGACUGGAGCCAACCGAUGCCUACGAAAAAGAAGGAAUUGGAACCCGCUACCAUAGAUUGGGGCAGCUCGGCAAUUCCGGAGGAGCUAGAGCCAUCUUUGGACUUGGAUUGGUCGCAACCAGUCGUAGUAAAGGACGAGGAUGAAUUGAAACUCGAAUGGAGCGACGAUGCUGAUUCCGAGGACGAGGUCCAGGCCAAAAAGCCAGAUAAGGUUGAACCUGUGGAGGUAGAUGAUGACCAAGAGAAUGCUGGAGCCACAAAGGUUGGCUCAUUGGACAUCAUGGCUCAGCAAUUGAAUUUCAUCGCAUGCUUGAAAAUCAUGAUGGAGGAGCUCUCCACUUUGGCCACUGGUUUCGAAGUGGAUGGUGGCUUACUCCGAUACCAAUUGUACAUUUGGUUGGAGCGCGAAGUCGAGGCACUAAAGCAACUGUGUUCCUACGGGGCCACGGAUGUCCAGAUCAAUAUCAGCCAAGAGGAGGAUUCCCUACAAUCCACCAUGAGAGAGCUCUUCGCUGCCAAUGGACGUCGACCCACACUCCAUGAAGUUAUGAUGGCCGAGAAGGUGGACUUUGAGGCCAAGAUCAACCGAGCAAUUCGUCGGAAACAAUGGCUCCGAGCCAACCAAACCCUUUUGAGAACGUUGCUGAGUUACUGUGGACUUCACGGCGCCAAUGGCGGAGGAUUGGCUUCAGUUAGAAUGGAGCUGAUCUUGUUGUUACAAGAGCUUCAACAGGAAAAGACGCAGAAACAGCUUUUGUCCCCACUCCCGUUCCCAACUACUUUGCCGUUGCUCUCAGCUUGCAUAGCUCAGCAAAAGACCGUGGUAACUGACCCCAUUCGCCAUCUUCAGGCUAUGACACAUGACAUGUUGGACACCAUCGUCAACCAAAGCCAACCCCCGCUACCUUCGUUGGCCAACUACGGAUCAAUAUUCUUGCUCAAGGAUCUCAGCGUAGCCUUGUCGUCGUGCAUCUAUCAGUCCUUAUGCGAUUCAGAUUCCAUCAAUAUGAAGAAACUUGCCGCCAAAGACGGUCCCGCUAGUGCAAUCCUGGAGGCCCUCUCCCGUCUGUCUGUGGUGUACCAAGAUUCCUCCCUAAUUUCUACGUCCCACGGACGAAAAAUGUCAUAUGACGAGACUACGGAGAUCAGCACAGAUCCCAGUAAAUGGCCGGGAGUUACUUCUCUGCGAGCUCUUUUGGAUCGAGAAAAAGACGAAGAGACGCCGAACUUAAACGUGCUCCUCUGCGAGACUUACGUGGCCAUCUACAUUAGCUUACUUUCGUAUGCUUUGGCCUCAUGUGAUUCCCAGAUCUUGUACAGGUUGAUUUCGCAAAAUGUUACCCCCAACUAUUGGUCCCACAUCUUUGGAGGGGGUGCCAAAAAGAGGCUGAAAAUCGAGACCGCUUCUCACGUGCCAUUGGCUAAGGAACUCUCCAAUGAAGGGGGAUCGUCGUUGGCAUCAGACAAAUCUGAGUCAGAUCUCGCUUCACAAAGCGGAGGGGACCAUUCGCAUAAUCCUGGGAUCUUGAAUACAAUGACCAGUCUGACGAAGCAACGGGUCAAGCUAAAUAUUAAGGUAUUAGGCAUGCAAUUAGGAAAUAGCCAAGAAUCUGGGUCCGGAGCGGUUGUGCAAGAAAAGCAAUCGUAUCGAGAGCACUUCAUGCCUCCUGACAAAUCCAUCAUAAGCCAACUGAUUUCCAAGCCGGUACUGGAUCCGAAAGAUCAAGAGAUCGAUUGUGAUUCAGUGGAGGAACCCGAUGAGAACGAUUCAGACGAUGAUACCUUCGAAGACGAUGAUCCCUUUUCCAACAUUCCUCUGCCGGCCGAAAACCGCGAACAUUCCAACGCCAAUUCGUAUUCCUGGUGUCUCAUGCGAUACGCUUCGAUUCGAUUGGCUCAAGGCAUUUUAGAAAAAUUUAUCUCAAUGGCCGGCAUUGAAUUACCCGCCCCACUUUGGCACUCCGAUUCUCCUUCCAAUGAGAAAUGGAACCAAGAGCGUACUUUCGAAGAGCUGCCCGUGGCCAGUCCGUUGAUCUAUGCCAGUUUAAGGAUCACCGAAUCCUGGCUGGACUCGAUUCAACGAGUUCUCAACAAAUUUGGCAAAGUUCCGGACAACUUCAUUCCGGGAUGCUAUCCAAAUCCCAAUGCCACGGGUAAAGCCAUCGAGAAGUACAAAUGUCUCUUUGAACCCCAGAACACGCCAUUCCUCAAUCGAGGCCACGGAAUUGAACCGAUGAAGAGGCUUUGGCGGUAUCUAGUUCGGCAACCGCCAGUACAGCGUCUUUUUGUCAAGUACAUAUUCAGCCGAAGUCCCAUCAACACCUCGGGAUAUGGCAAUGUGAGCAUCACGACCCAGAACAUGCCCGAAUCCCAGUCUUACGUGAGCCGCCUCAGUGCCGAGGCUGUCCUGUCCGUCGUGGAUGAGGCAGCCCCGGCAGGCGAGGCUGGAACAAUGUUCAUGCAUCAAGUGGCCAAGAUGAACCUACCGGUCAAGAUUAUUCAUAGAGACCAUGAAGCCAUCACGGCUUUCUGUAUUAACAAGAAAAAGAGUUCCUCCGACCACGACGUGUCCUCUGGAUUGAUGACCAUCUCCUCUCAAAAGGAAAUCCAAGAGCUUAACAUCUCCUUGCUUUUGAAUCCAGUGUCAUGGAAUGAAGGGAUGAACGAUGAAGCAGACUUCGACGUCCUGAGCUUGGAAGAGGAUCCCGAGAGUUUACCAGCUUCCAAUUAUUUGGUUAUCCAAACCCCUGGUGACAUUCAAAGUGGUAUCAUGCCCGGAUCCACCUUUCCUGGCGUGAACCCAUCCCAGUUGAGCUCGCCAAAUGGGCCGCCUCCGCCGCCAUUUGGACCGGCAGCCAUCCAGCAAGCUACCACUCAGAACAAGGGAGCCUCCGUCAGCUUUCUGGAGGGAGGCUUCAAUCCCUUUGAGAUUAAAGGAUUGAAUUUUCCGGGCUCUCAGAAUGCGCAAUUUGUGAGACUUGUUCUCCAAAGAAGCCGUCAUUUACUUCAACCGGAAAAACGACAUCAAAUGACCGGAGUUCGAAGAUUGGCCGCCCAUUCUCACCUGCCUCUAUACGUGACGGGGUGUCAAGAUGGAUCCAUCAAGAUGUGGGAGUGGUCCCAUGGCCAGGCGGUUCAAAGUGUCCGCCCACCAGGCGUAUUUGCCAAGGUCAAUCGGGUCCGAUUCUCCGCUCAAGGAAACAAAUUCGGUGCUUGUGACGGCGAUGGAACUGUUGCAUUAUGGCAAGCAGCCAAUGCCUCUCAACCUUUCUUUACCAUGCAAUGUCACACAAAGCAGACCAGCGACUUCGUGUUCCAAGGAGGAAGUUCCAGUUUGUUUUGCACGGCCGGACAUAACACGGACGGUAAGAACGUGGCCAUGUGGGAUACCCUGAUGCCCCAUAAGCGAGCCAUGGCCCAAUCGUUUACCUUCCACGAAAGUGGGGCCAGUUCCAUUUUGUACGCACCGCAAAGGGUCCAGUUGGUCACCGGUGGGAAACGGGGACAAGUCUCGAUUUGGGACGUACGCCAACAGAAGCAGUUGCAUUUCUUUAAAGCCCAUGACCAGGCUAUUAAAUGCAUGGCCCUGGAUCCAAACGAGGAAUUCUUCGUCACCGGCUCGGUGGCGGGCGACAUUAAGAUAUGGUCGUUGAGUUCUUACAAGUGUUUCCACACUUUUGCCGAGGAACACUCGCGUCAAGGGAUCUUCAAGAACAUCAGUCAAGGCGUUUCGCAAGUCUUUGUGGACUCCAAUGCGCGUUUGUUCUCUUGUGGAGCCGAUGGUUCCAUGAAAGUCCGUCAAUUGCCGGAUCGAGAUUUCAUCGUCAACGCUUUGUGAAUACAAUACCAGGAUACUACUUAAUUUAAACACAUUCACGUUAUUAGCAUGUUGAACUGUAUGACAGAUUUUAGCCCAUGUUCCCAACUUUUCACCUUUAGUGUUCCAAUCUUAAAGGCAUAAUAAACCAAGUUCCAUUCA